AUGGCUGCUAUCCGGCCGCGCCCAUAUCGGCGCAUCUUGACCUCAGCGCUGCACCGACGCUUCGUCCAUGCUUCUGCUUUAGCGCUACUUGUCUGCUACUUAAUCGCGUUCUUGAUUGGAGAUAAAUCGUCCUUUUUAUGGGCUUGGUUCCCAAUUGGAGCGUGUGGAAUUCGUACUAUCUUGCUCUUUAUUUGCAGUCUCGUCGUUUUCGUAUUGCGCGUUGGACAGAUACACAUUGGCUCUCGAACGACUGCCUCUCCUGUGGGCACUCUAAAGUACAUUUUCCCGCUCGAUGUCGUCCAAACUUUUGGAUGGUAUAUCUUCUCAGCAUGGUGGUUUAGUGAGAUCUAUAAGUGGUCAUCUCCUAGUGGAGCACACUUGGAGUGGGUUAAUAGAGGCCGGCCACACGAGCGCGCAAGCUUAAACGAAAGGCCGAUUUACCUCUACACUUGCCAUCUAUUACUCGCAAUUGUGCAAUCUGUUGUCCACCUGUAUUACGAUUUCGACCGUGUACCUAUUCCCGUUGCUAAACGGGCUGCCGGCAAUGCUGAUCAGAGAACCCAUCCAGUGGAGCCGGUGUCUAAGCGCAUACAAAUUGCAUUGCCUGGGCUUAUAAAAGACGGCUUCACAAGAAGUGCUGUGGUCGCCGCAGUCUGCCCUGUGGUGUAUACCUUCUUCCUAAGACGCCCGGCCUGGAGCUUCACCAUGUACUGGGCGAAAUUGUUCUGGGACUUCCCUAGGUCUGCUGCGGCUCCUCCAGGCCUUAUUGGCCCAAUUGGCCCAGGCUUGCUGCUACGUACAGUGUUCUCUGGAGGCCUCCUGGCUCUUUGCUGGCAGACCGCCAAUCUUUUCUUCUCCGCAUUCCUUAGCAAGGAGCCACUCAAGCGUGGUCAGCCAUUGACGGCUGAGGCGAAAGACCCUAACGGUAGCUUAUUGACGGGGCUGACUGCAAAGAAGGAAACCGUCAAAUCUUUCGCAUUCUGGGAGUUAUGCUUCAUCAGUCAGAGAUUUCCUAACCGACGAAAGGCGAUCUUCAAUGAUAUUGAUCGUGACGGUGGUCCAGCGUGGUCGCAGAUCCUGAAAUCUGCCACCGAGGUUAUCAAGGGCAUUUCUACUCGCAUUGACGAACAGAAGAACCCACCAUCGGGCCCCAAGCCCGCACAAGCCGAACCGACCGAACCGGUUCUCCGCACUCUACCACGGUUAACAGACCCUCUCAAAGCGGACAACGUCUUCGCUCCCUCUCCCAAAGCAAACUCGCGGCAGGAAAUGAUCGGGGAAGUCUUCAGCUCAACAGCCAAGUCUUACGGACAAUCGGCAGAUUGGACCCCUGCUGCCCGAGCAAAAGCCCGCGAUGUUUUCGACCGUGCAUCCACUGCCAUAUUGAGCCCGGAGCGAAAGCAGAAACUUCUUGCUUCAUCACAAGAACUCAAAAUGCUCACAGGCCCUUCAGCUUGCAAGCCAGAAAACCUUAACCCAUUCAUCGCGCAACUCCUCCGCUCUCCAGUAGGCCUACUCUUCCGACAAACGUACGACCGCCGCCUGUCAGGGAUUGUCCUAGGCGCACCACACGCAAACUUAUGUCCCAUCGUCGACGCCAUCGAGUCGCUCACCCGCCUCCUCAUCGCAAGUCUGCAGGAGGACCAAUACGGCAAAGUCCAGACCGAUGUGCCCGACGUCGUACGCCUCUUCACGAGCACCAUCAGGACCCUGGAGCCCUUUAUCCACGGAGGUCUCGACGCCCACUGGACAGACGUCAACUUCCCACCAUCAAGUAAGCCCGAAGCACAAGCAGAGGCCCGUCGCGUCCCAGACGUGGAUCUUGUACUCGACACCCUCAAGAGCUCCCUCAAGGAUCUUCUAUCUGCAUUCAACCUCUACCUCAAAGACAUCGGACUCGUAGGCAAGGACCUCCGACUGGCAAAGGAGGCUGCCGGGGUAAUCGAGGAAGGACUCUAA